GGCCGGCGCUCGUGCUUGCGCACUGGCUCCGCGUCGGCCGGCCGGUUUGGUCGGUUGUGGUGGCCUCGCCGCCCCGUCCGCUGUCGCAGCGCUCAUCCGCGCCGGGAGCCCUUGGCUGCGUCGCCUGGCAGCCGCGGGAGCAUUUCCUGAAGACGUAGUCAUGCAGCGUGUCAGCAGCUCUCAGAGCAGCCAGCGCCAUGUCCAGUGGCCUGGGACCUGCCCCGGCGCGGGCGAGGAGCACCCAGCGUGUUCCCAGCUGUCCCUGCCCCUCACGCUGCCAUCCCCCAGCCACCAACUGCAGCAGCUGAUGGAUGGGUCAGGACUCACCCAGAUCGCCCAGGGAGCCCAGGUUCAGCUCCAGCACCCGGGUACGCCCAUCACAGUCCGAGAGCGGAGACCCUCCCAGCCCCACACACAGUCAGGGGGCACCAUCCACCACCUGGGACCCCAGAGCCCUGCAGCCGCGGGUGGGGCCGGCCUGCAGCCCCUGGCCAGCCCAAGCCACAUCACCACGGCUAACUUGCCACCGCAGAUCAGCAGCAUCAUCCAGGGCCAGCUGGUUCAGCAGCAGCAGGUGCUGCAGGGGCCGCCGCUGCCCCGGCCCCUGGGCUUCGAGAGGACGCCCGGCGUGCUGCUCCCCGGGGCUGGGGGCGCAGCGGGGUUUGGGAUGACGUCCCCACCCCCGCCCACCAGCCCUUCCAGGACUGCCGUGCCCCCAGGCCUUUCCAGCCUCCCACUCACGUCUGUGGGGAACGCGGGAAUGAAGAAGGCUCCCAAGAAGUUAGAGGAGAUUCCCCCAGCCUCUCCGGAGAUGGCACAGAUGAGGAAGCAGUGCCUGGACUAUCAUUACCAGGAGAUGCAGGCCCUGAAGGAGGUCUUCAAGGAGUAUUUGAUUGAGCUGUUUUUCUUGCAACACUUUCAAGGGAACAUGAUGGAUUUCUUAGCUUUCAAGAAGAAACAUUAUGCCCCAUUACAAGCAUAUCUUAGGCAGAAUGAUUUGGACAUUGAAGAGGAGGAGGAGGAGCACUUUGAAGUCAUUAAUGAUGAGGUAAAGGUUGUGGCCAGAAAGCACGGGCAGCCUGGGACUCCUGUUGCCAUAGCAACCCAGCUACCGCCGAGGACUUCUGCGGCUUUUCCAGCCCAGCAGCAGCCGCUCCAGGAGAAUCAGGUGCAUCAGCGCAUUGUGGAGCUGAGGAAAGCAGGUCUGUGGUCCCAGAGGCGUCUGCUGAAGCUGCAGGAGGCCCCACGGCCCAAGUCCCACUGGGACUAUCUGCUGGAGGAGAUGCAGUGGAUGGCCACAGACUUUGCCCAGGAGAGGUGGAAGGUGGCCUCUGUGAAGAAGAUGCUCAGAGCUGUGGCCCGGCAGCUGCAGGACAGGACGCACAGGGAGGCGGGGCCCGGGAGGGAGGAGCCGAGUAGGCUGAGGCACGGCGCCUCCACUACCAGAGAAAUGGAGCGUCCCUGGUCUAGUACUGCGCAGGUAAAGAUUCCAGCAUCUCUGAAGCAAGUGCUCCUCCACUGGAAAAUAAAAGCGACAUGUCUUUUUAAAAGCAUGAGUGAAGAAAGACAUAAACUUCCGGAUUUGCAUAAGUGAGCUUGCCAACCGAGGAAACACAUGAGUAUCAUCUGUAUCUUCAGGUGCACUUGAUUAGACUCCAGAAGCAGAAACUGCAGCUGCUCCCACCACCCCCACCACCGCAGGCCCUGCCCGGGGUGCAGCCAACAACACAAGUGCAAGUGCAGCCAUCACCCCCCUACCACAGCAGAGCCCCCAGCUCACCAUGGUCAUAGCCCCGAGACCCAGAGCCCUGUUGAUGGGCACCACCAUGGCCAACCUCCAGGUAGCCCAGCUUACUCGAGUUUCCACCUCCCACCUGCAAGGCCCAAGACUGAUGUCGGCGCUGACAUCCCAGAUGGCCCAGGUUGCUCUGGCCAGGCCUCCUGUGGUGUCUGUCCUGGCAGCCAGGGUCACAGCGCUUCCAUCAACGCAACGGGAUCAGUGUUGUGAUAAGGCUUCUGCAGAAAGCGGCAGGUAGGCAGCCACCUUCGCCUAACCAAACUCGAAACAACUCACUUGAGUGAGUUGCAUCAAACCUUUCUAAAUUUCUCAUUCUAGAAGUUGCUGAGUUGUUUUGCCAUGUGUUAAUUUUUUAAGACGCCUAAUUAGAGCCUCAUUCCUUGCACCUCCCCCUUUUAAGCAAAUGGAGCGGAGGCCGCUGUACCCCCGGCGAGAGCUGCUUGCCUCUAUUAAGGGGAGAUGCGGCAUGGGUGUUAUUUCUCCUUUUGAAGGCAGCAGGCAUUUCCUUUACUGUCAUUGCCAUGCAGUUUACACCUCUGAGCAAAUCAGCGGCAAUGAUGAGUGUGAGAUGCAGAUCCUUGUCCAUGCGUGCUUCGUGUGUCCUGUGUGCUGUCUCUCUGCCGUCACCACAGGGGGCCAGAUUGGCUGUGCAGCCUCUGCACAUGCAGCAGCUCCGAAAGCUGAAACACCACCAGCAGCAAAAAGCUGUGCAGCCCUCGGCCGCCCCAGGCCUGCUGCUGCACAGCAGAAGGUAAGUGGCCGCUCAGCUUUGUGGGAGCUGCAUCUCACACUCAUCGUUCAGGCCCCUUAGGCCAGAGUGGGGCUGGACUCAUCCCCUUCCUUUUGGAGGCAGUCGUUAAGCAGAGCUGAGGAGGCUCCCUGCAUGGGCUCCUGGAGGUGGGGAGGGGCCGAGUGUCAAGGAACUCUGACCCUGUAAUUUUUACAUAUAUUUGCUCUCUAGGGGAGAGCUUGCUUUGCUGUAUAGUAUAAUUUUUCAAAAAUAUUUACAAUGAUUUCUGUGAAAAAUCACUCUGACAAGGACUUCUAUUUCUAGUAAUAUGGUAGAUGAGAGAACCUGAAAAUCUAUCUCAAAAAAAAAUCGAAAAAUGCCAGAUUUUCAAAAAGUGCCAGAUAAAAUAUAUAAAACCAUGAAUGAGUCUGCAGGAUAGUGAGUCUAGAAACCAGGUGAGGGCUGAAGUCUAAGGAGGUAGGUCUGGGCUAAAGACACUCUAUGGCCUGGGUCCCCAUGUACCCAGAAGACCUAGAACUUUGAGGUAAGUUUGGGGAGCAGUCUGGAGAAGCCUUGGACCCAGGGAGGGGCAGAACCAAAUUAGAGACCCCCAUAUAAGGCUGGGCUCACAAAGGGAUACAGCAGACACUACCAGGAAAUGAUGAAGUGGGCAAACUACUACUCUAAGCUUCACUGCAAGAACAGUAUCUCACUUGGCCAUGGCUGUGGAUGGAACAUCUUUAAAAAGUCUCUCCUAUAAAUUUAUGGCCCCUGGCUAGCACUCUCCAUCACAGGUGUAGGGCCAAAGUUCAUAUUAUUUACAUGUUCAAAAGAACUGCAAACUGUGACUUUUAAUUGCAAGCAUAUCUGGAGCUAUAGUGCCCCCAGGCCUCUGGUAGAAAGAAAUGUACAUCCUUGCAGGAGGAACCCCCAACCCAGGCCUCAAGGAAUUCCAGCCAGCAGGAUCCCUAGACUAUAAGCUCAUAGUGGAAAAUCACAGCACACACAAGAGAAGGGGCCUCAGAAGUUAUGGCCAAAAGAAGCACACCUGCAAAGACUCAGAUGUUAGAAUAGGAAAUGCAAAUAUGUUUAAUGUGUUUGAAGAAACAAAGGAGAAGCUAAAAAGCAUGAAUAAGAAGCAAGAGAUUAUCAGAAGCUAAGCAGAUAAUAAAUGAACCAAAUAGAACCUCUAAAAAUGAAAAAUGUAAUAAUUGAAAUUCAAAACUUAAUGGAAGUAAUCUUGAUCCCUACCUCACACCCCAUAGAAAAUUAACUCAAUGGAUCAUAGACCCAAACAUAAAAUUCAAAACUAUGAAACAUAGGAAAAAAGUUUUGUGACUAUAGGUUAAGUAAACAUUUCUUAGAUAUGACACCAAAAAUAGAGCCUAUAAAAGGAAAAAAUUGGCAAGUCAUACUUUAAUAAAAUUAAACCUUCUUGCUAUGUGAAAACCAUUGUUUAGAGAAUGAAAAGACAAGUUACCAGGAGAAAACCUUUGCCAGUCAUGUAGCUGAUUAAGGACGUGUAACCAGAACAUACAAAAAACUGUCAAAGCUUACUAAUACAAAAACAACUUAUUUUGUAAAGUGGGCAACAGAUUUGAGCAGACACUCCACCAAAGAAGCUCUCUAGGUGGCAAAUAAGCACUGUCCUCUGGGAAAUGCAAAUAAAAAUCACAAUGAGAAACUACUGCACACCUGUGAGAAUGCCUUAAAAAAAAAAGACAAGACCAAAACCAAGUGUUAGUGAGGGUGUGGAACAACAGAAAUUCUCAUACCUUGUUGGUGGGACUACAAGAUAGUGGAGCCCUCUGGAAUCAGUUUGGCAGUUUCUUAUAAAAUAAAACAAUCAUUUACUGUAUGACCCAGCAAUCCAGCCCCUCAUUCUUUAUACCAGAGAAAUGAAGACAUAUGUCCACACAAUAACCAAAUACUGUAACCACAAUGAAAAAUGAUGCAAGUGUUCACAGCAGCUUUAUUCAUUUACCUAAAACUGGAAGCAACCCAGACGCUCUUCAACUGGCCAUGGGUAAACAAACGGCAACCGACCAGUUCCAUAAAACAGCACUCAGCAGGAGACAGGGCUGGGCCACUGAUGCUGGGGGCAGCGGGGAUAAGCCUGAAGUGUCUUAUGCAGAGUGAAAGAAGCCACACUUAGAAGGCUGCAGUUUUUGUUUUUAUAUGACAUCCUGGAAAAGGCAACACUAUAGCGACAGAGAAGAGCUCUGUGGUCACGAGGGGCUGGGGCGGUGGAAGGAUUGACUUUCAAAGGGGCAAGAGGGAAUUCUGGAGAGCUGUGGAAAGAUUCUGUAUCUUGAUGCUGAUGGUUGUUACAUGGCUGUGUGCAUUGAUCAAAACUGAAGUAUGCAUCAGAAACAGCGACUUGCUGUAUAUGAAUUACACUGUAGUUUUUUUGUUUGUUUGUUUGUUUGUUUGUUUGAGAUGGAGUCUGGCUCCGUCGCCCAGGCUGGAGUGCAGUGGCGCGAUAUCGGCUCACUGCAAGCUCCACCUCCCAGGUUCACAUCAUUCUCGUGCCUCAGCCUCCCAAGUAACUGGGACCACAGGUGUCCGCCACCAUGCCUGGCUAAUUUUUUUGGUAUUUUUAGUAGAGACGAGGUUUCACCAUGUUAGCCAGAGUGGUCUCGAUCUCCUGACCUUGUGAUCCGCCCACCUUGGCCUCCCAAAGUGCUGGGAUUACAGGCGUGAGCCACCGUGCCCAGCCUAUACUGCAGUUUUUAAAAACUUAAUGGAAGGGUUAAACAAUACAUUAGAGAAUUUGUGAGCUACAGAGAGAUCUGGAGAAAUAAUCAUGGUAGCAUGAGACUAGGAAACAAGACAAAGAAGACAGGCUGGCUGCAGUGCUCAGGCCUGUAACCCCAGCACUUUGGGAGGCCAGUGUGGGUGGAUUGUUUGAGCCAAGCAGUUCAAGACCAGUCUGAGCAACAGAGUGAGGCCCCAUCUCUGCAAAAAAUAAGAAAAGAAGAGGGAGGGGUGAGAAGAUCUAACAUUCAACUGAGUUCCAGAAGAGAACGAAAAAAGAAAAUAUUCAAAAAGUGGAUGGCUGAGAAUUUUUCAGAAUGGGUUUAACUUACCAGUCUAAAGACUGAAGAAAUACAACAAGUCCCUAGCGGGAUACAGACAAAGAUACCUGUGCCUGACACAUCUGGGCAAACUGUGGUACUCAAAGCAGAUGAGAAAACCAUGAAAGAAUCCAGGAGGAAAACAGAUUUCUCACGAAGGAAAGGUGAUUCCACGGACAGCUCCCUUCUUAGUAGGAACUGUGGAAACCAGAAGUAGCUUUAAAGUGCUGGGAUAAAACUGUUUUUCAAGGAUAAGAGUGAAGCAAAGACAUACUCAGACAAAAACUGAAAAGAUUUACCACAAACAAACUCACCUUAAGAAGGCAAAUGGCCCUUGAUGUGGAAAGCAAAGCGCAGUGGACAGAAGGUGUGCUGGAGAGUAGGCGGUAAUGCUCACCGGAGGGUCCCCCUGGGGCCAAGGGAGGGGCUGGGAGCCUUGCAUGGUGAGACUGGAGUGUGAGCUUGAGGACAGCAAGAAUCAGAGGACCACCCCAGGCUGCCAGGGUGUGGCUCAGCCGAUCUGCCCCUCACGCUGAGCUGCACAGAUGCAAAGACCUUCCAAACACAGUCACAAGGCCUUAGGAAUGUCUCUAGAGCUUCCAUCAUCAUCCUGUCACCUCGUCAGCUGCUGCCUGGUGAGGGCUCUGCCAGAGGACAGCCCUGAGUGCUGCCAUCAAGGCUGAGGAGGCCACACCCACGUGCCACCCACGAAGCUGCCUGCAGGCCGGGAGGCUUCUCUUCUGGCUUCAGCCACAUGUGAAGGAGAACCUGUCAAGCUCCGGCUGAUGAAGUCUUCAGAAGGGCUCAGAGUCAAGUGGCAGAACUCCUGGUGCCAUCUGCUUAAUUAUGGGCAUGGGUUUUCCUUGGUGUUUUGAUCUAUAAAUACGAAAAAUAAGAACAGCACCGGUGCUGAAUCUAUGUCAUCCCAUGAAUGGAUGAACUGAUUGAAAAGAAAAAAACAGCCUGAUGUUGGGAGCCAAAAAGGCCAAAGGGAUCGUGACCAACUCAGCAUUCCACUGGAGGCUAUAUGAUCAAACAGCAAACUGUUUAUCAUGAAUGUAGGAUGUGAGUAAAACUCCCAGCUGUGCCUGCUGCCAGAAGGUUUGCUGAGGGCGGUCACUCCCAGGCGCUGGGGUCCUUGAAGUUAUCUAUUGGGAAAUCUAGCACCUAUUGUUCGAAGGAUGCAGUCUCGAAAGCCUGCUGUGAACCAAACGGCCGACUGCCGAUUACCCAACAAUCACCCCCCCUUUCUCGCGAUCUCUUUUACCAGUAAAUACGGAGGGCUGUGUAAAGCUCUAUCUCUUUUACCAAUAAAUACGGAGGGCUGUGUAAAGCUCUAUCUCUUUUACCAAUAAAUACGGAGGGCUGUGUAAAGCUCUCUCUCUUUUACCAAUAAAUAUGGAGGGCUGUGUAAAGCUCUCUCUCUUUUACCAAUAAAUAUGGAGGGCUGUGUAAAGCUCAGGGCCCUUGUCCACUAGAGGCAAGGUGCCCCCUGACCCCUUCUUUCA